UCUUUGACAAGUCAAGUACGACAGUCUAUCAACCCAGUCGAACAACAUGAACGCCCUCCAGGUUGUUCUCUUUGCUGCCGUUGCCGCCGUGGCCUUUGCGCAGUUUGACGGAACCGACUUUUCCGCCUUCGGACAGCAAGUGGCCGGUGGAGACGCACCUCAAUUCGACUCAUCGGCGUUUGGGGCUGAUGCUGGUGCUGCCUUCGGUGCCCAGAACGCUGCUGGUGGUCAGGAUUUCCAAGGAUUCCAGGGCUUCGAAGCUGCCGGCGCUCAGGCAGCCCAAGGAGGCCAGGUGCAGCAGUUCGAUGCAUCGGCCUUCGCCGGCGCAUUUGGAGGUGACGCCGAAAACACUCAGUUCCAGUAAAUAAGAUCGAAGAAACCAAAGAGAUCUGUGAUACUUACUAAAUGUUCUGGAUUGAUAUAGCAACAUGACAAAUAGCUUCUUUUGUAGUGCAUUAGGAGAAUAAGAAGGAACUCUAUGAUUGAUGACGACGGCGAUAAUGCUGAUGAUGGUGACUGAAUGACCACCGGUGCGCCCCGGGGGUAGUAUGGCAAUCAAGUAUGGGAUUACGGAAGCGAGCUGUGAUCUCGUCUGAGUCGUUGUUGUAGCAAUCGUUUCGAACGCGAGCUCCUUUCCUGAGAGUCUGACACUUCUAUUGAUAGUUGGAACUUUUAAUCGAACACUUUGAAACACUUCGAGCGUAGAGUAGAUGUUUCUGUAAGUUUCGUGAGACCAAAUUGUAUAUAUGUUGUGUAUAUAAAAAACUGAAAAUGCCAAAUAAAUAGACCCUAGAUUGAA